CGUCCAUUCAUUAAUAAAUGUCUCAGCUUCACUCAGACUACAAGUUUUAUGUCUUCGAAACUCAUCCAUUGCAUAAUUUGUCCCUAUUACUUGUAGCUCAUCUGGUAGACCUCUAUGUAGCUUUAAAAUUGUUUUAUAAAGUAUUCUUACUCUUUGUACGUUUGAAUACGACAUUUUUUCCUAGCUUUUCAGUUUUUUAUUCACAACACAAUAUUUUCUUAGGUUAGGUUUGAUGUUGACAUCUGUCAGAUUUGUGGGGUUAGGUAAUUAUCAGUGAAAACUUGUGAUGUUGAUUUUACGGAUAUCUUGAAGAAAAAUGAAUGAUUCGCGUAAACCUUUUGCUUGUACUGUUAAGGGAUGUGAAAUGACUUUUUCGGUAGAAGAUCAUUUGACUGUCCAUCAAAAUAAACACAUGUUAACUGUCAACACAAACCAAAAAUGUGAUCUGGCGGAUCAAACACCAACCCCUACAAGAUUUCUAAGGAACUGUGAUGAAGUAGGAUUAUUUCAGGAUUUACAAAUAGUAAAUCCUUUUGAUGAACUUUUUAAAAAAGCCACUGAAAGCCCUAAAUGUGAAUUACGGCCUGAAGUUACCUGCGACGAUACUCUACAUACACCACAUAUUUUACCUCAUAUACAAGAAUGCACAAAGAAAUAUGACACUAGUGAAAAUAGUUCUUGUAUUUCAAAUGACUUUACAAUAUCAAUAGCAGAUAAUUGUAAUCGAGUAUUACCUACAAUUGUAAUACAUGAUGAAAGCUCAAAUGAAGUCAAAGUUGAUAAUAUUAAUGUUAAAAACAAAUUAAAAAGAAUUCUUCUGAAGAAUAACAUUAAUGUUAAAAGUGAUGCUCAAAAACCCAUAGAAAAACCAAAUGAGCAAAGAUAUGUUCAUGAAGAAACUAAGGAGAAAAUACGCGAAAUGAACAGAGCUGCUCAGUUAAGAUGCAGGAAUAAAAAAAGAUUAAAAAUGAAAAAAUUAGAAGAAGAAAUGCAAAAGUUAAGAAAUGAAAAUAAAAGACUGUGUUUGGAAAAUGUUGCUUUAAAAACUGAGAAUAUGAAUCUCAAAGAAAUGCUUCUUGAAAAGGCCACUACAGUAACAAAAAAUGAUAAACCUUCAGAUCCUUCAGGAAAUGUAUCCUAUGUUUGUAUAAUUUCAACAGAACCUGCCAGUGUCAGUUACCCUAUAGUACAAAAGCCAUCUAGUAAUAAUAACAUUAAUAGUAAUUUAUUUGUAAGGAAUUCAAACAUUCCAAUUAAUAAUAAUCAUACUAAUAUUAAUAACAAAAAAUCAUUCCUUGUUCUACAAAAUCCAAAACAUAAUAAAAGUAAAAAGUUUAGACGUAUUGUUCCAAAAGUAAAUAGUAAAUCUGAUGGAAGUAAGAAAAAUUGAUUAAAAAUGUAUUUUAAGAUAUUUAUUUUUGUUAUAUUAUACAUCACUAUUUGUACAAAAUAGUUUUAUAUUGUUAAGUAAGUUUAAG